AUGGCCGACAGUGAAGAUUUGGAUUUUAAUCCGUUCUACAAACUUCUACAGACUAGAUUUAUGAAUAAAUUUGAAACUGCCCAGAAAAAAUGUUAUCUUGUGUGUAUCCCUGCAGCGACAGCACUUCAAGGAAUCAAUAUCAAUCAAAACUUUGUAGAUACUCAUAUACUCAGGCCUUCUCCUUAUUUUCGAAGUCACUAUGAAAGUACAGAUAAAACUGGUAACAAAAGUAUUGCAAUUGAAAAUGGUUUUGUUCAAACCAAAGAUGGAUUCUCUGUUAACACAAAAAUCAGGAUUCUGUCUGAAGAACUCAGCUACAAUAAGGAUUAUAAACCAUUCAAGAUUUUAAUAAUAGAAAAACCAUUGGAUCCAAGGUUCAGGACUGGCAACUUUGUUUCAUUGUCGCCUGUAGAUACGUAUACUAAUAGCAUAUCAUUUCAGGAAAACAAGAAACUUCUGUUUCAAUUUCCGGAACACAGAGUGCCUUUGUCAAUUUUAGAUCAGAACAUUAAACAAUUUAACAUGAAUUAUAUGAUAUUGCAAGGUUACUUGGACCAUGCUGCAAUGAAGUUACAGGAUAUGUGUUUUACUGCUACUGAGAGCAUUUUGAAAGUUAACAGAAAUACGCGACGUAAUGCAGACAGGAGAAUGGUUGAUAUAUUGACAAUUGCAGUUGAAAGUUAUGUUAUGGGGUGUGUUCAUAGCAAAGUAUUCCCGGCUGUCUGUCAGAAGUGUUGUAGAGAUGAUAACAAAAUCUGUAGCAAAGAGAAAGAACUCCAAGGAGUUGGAGGUGACGAAUUUGGUGUCAAAACUGAGUUUUGCUGUCCACUACCAGCAUCAGUUGUUGAAUUAGCAAGAUUGGAUGGACUCUACACCCCACUUGAAAAAUUGUUUUGUUUAAAAUCUACGUUGGAUUGUAUAUCAGAAGAAGUGAAUUACUUUGCUAAAGACAAUGUGGUAGCUGGUAAUGAAGUACCAUGCAUUGCGUCAGAUGAUCUUAUACCUCUACUGGUAACAGUACUCAUCCAGUCUAAAAGCACUCAUUUAAUCAGUAAUUUGUAUUAUAUAGAACAUUUUCACUGGGCAACAACGUCAAAAGAUGAUCUCAGUUUCAGUCUAGUGACAUUUAAGGCUGCUACAGAAUAUUUUCUGAACACUGAUUUUUCACAUCUCAAACCACUUGCACCGAAGAUGAGAAAUGAGAUGACACUAGAAGAAAUUCUUCUUGCCAAAAAAGAACAAGAAAAUGAAACUGGGGAAAAAGGUGAGAGAAGCAGAGACAGCCAUAAAGUAGCAUACAGAACACGUGGAGGUUCAUUCAACAGAGAAUUAGACAAUAUAACAAGAAUGAUAGAAAAAACUACUACUAGUCCUACAAAUACAACUACUCCAAUGAAAUCUCUUUUUGCCGAAUAUGACCAAGUCCAAGCAAGUGGUUUUGCUCAGAGAUCUACAGUUGUACCUCCAGACGUGAUCCCUUCAUCAUCAGCACACACAAGACUACAAACUCCACUUGGGGACUUUCUAUCAUCUUUGAAGAAUGAUGUAUUGGAUGAAGUGACAUUGCAGAAUUCGUCUACUGAUAAUAAGAGGACAAAUAUGGAAAAUAGGAAGAGAAAGGAAACAAAGAGACCAACGAUGACAUUCUAUCAACCAGGGAAAACACGACUGAGUAGAAGAACUGUGUCCAAUACCUCAGUGCCGAUUGAAAAGAAUGAUAAGAGUAGUGAAGUUGAGAGUUCGGCUCUUGAAAGAGAAGAUAGCUGUGAUAGUGAUCAUGACAUGGCUUGUACAGAGGUGAUUGAAUCUACUGAUAAAGACCAAAAAAGAAAAUCAAAGAAACCUGAUCUAGUUCGUUAUACUGCUCCUCGAUGUGCUGCUAAACCUAAAGAUAGUGAACAAGCUGAAGAGGAUAAGGAAUUAACGCCUCAAAACAGGGAAGUUAUCAUUCCUGAGAAAGUGGAAACCCAUAAAAAGGAUCAUCAUCUUGCUCCAUCCAAGAAACAAGAAGUAUUAGAACAAAAGCUGGAAAGUAGUAGGAAAGUGGCUUUAGACCAAAUUGGAGAUAUUCAAGUGACUGUGUCAAGUGAUAAAGAUGUGACAACAUAUACAAAACAGCAUUCAAGACCCAAGUAUGAACGGCAUAGAGAUGAGAGUACGAGCAGCGAUAUCAGUGUAAACAGCAGUGAAGACAGUGUCAUUCCCCAUCCCUAUGAAGACUGGGAAGCUGAAAUGAUUGAUAUUGAUAGGAAUGAUGUGGAGCACGGCAUUAGUAAAAUUACUGAUAAUGUGAAAACACAGGGAAAAGGUGUUGAAGUUUAUGAUUAUUGUGGUGAGGGAUUAGUGUUUGAAAGGCGAGAAAUCUGGGAGGAGCAGAUCGUUGAUGUCCCAUCAUUAGCGAAAGACGUAGAAAGACAAAAGAUUGAUACUGUCCCCGGCUGCAAAAGUUUGAAUAAGAAACGUGACAAUGUACAUCCUGAAAAUAUUGCUAAAACUAGAGGUGCGAAAACAAGUGGUAGUGUAUCGCAGAGGCGAGUCGAAGCAAAAUGUAAAGAAAGACCUCACGAAAACACACAGAGAGAAUCUGUUAGAAGCACAUCAGAAAAAGUUUCCUCGUCUGAUGAUCACAAGAAAGGAAAGUUAACUGUCACAUUUGAUACACAUAUCAGGAAAGUGAAUGUGCCUCCAGAAGAUUAUUACAAGCGACCAGAUAGGAAAUCCAAGGCUAAGCCUUGUAGAACUAGUAAUGAUAGAUCCAACGAUGGUCAUAGUGAUCACAGUCCAGUGAGUCCCACUGCUAAAGGUGGUGGUAUAAUUCACUUACCUCAUAAUGUUUCAUUGUCUAGCAGUCCAACUUCACCCCAUGAUCAGAUCAUGGUCAACAGAGGACGAGGCAGAGGUCGCACUAAAUUAUGGGAUCCCAAUAAACCACAGCCCAAAACUGCAUCAAACAGACCAAAUCAACAACCGUUACAAUUCCACGAUCCUGAAUUCGAUAGACAUUUAGACUCAGAAAGAUUUUCCAGGGAGCCAGAUAUGCCAUAUUCUUCAUAUAAUCACCGGGAAUACUAUGCACACCAGCAGCAGCAGCAGCAGCAUCCGCAGCAACAACAGUCACCAGGUUAUUCUGAAAGGCCGUAUGUUGACAUGCCUCCUUAUAUGAACCAAGGAUGGUACCCUCCGUACUAUGGUCAUGAGUAUGGGUACCCUGUGCCUGGCAGUGACACGUCUUGGGCUAAUCAGAUGGAUACUACUAUGCCAUAUUAUCCACCGUAUGGUAGAUCAAUGAACUAUCGUGAACACCGAGGUGAUGGUCAUUCUGAGAUUGCCUCACAGAGAGUGAAAUCUAGGAACAGAGAAUCUGCCCAAAGAUUGUUUCACCAGGUUGUAGCUUUGGAAGCACAAUUAAGCAAUAUAUUAUCAAGAAGGUUCCAUGCGGUGGAGAGUAUCAACACACUUUUUCAAUUAAGAACAGAGUUGGAGCAGGUAUAUGAAGGUAUUAUCCUACUUGAUGUGACAAUAGCAGAAGAAAAUAAAGUGGAGCAACAGCUGUGGAAGAAUUCUUAUUAUCAGAUUAUUGAAGCAUUUAGAAAGCAAGCUACAGAUGAAGAAUGUGAAGCUUUGGAAUUGAAAGAUAGACUUUUAAAACUAAUUAAUCAGGGAACCAUAUUCUUUGAGAGUUUAAUCUCCAAACUGCAAGACACAUAUAGCUUCAAAAUAAAUGAACUUACAGGAUUAGACCCUCUACAAAAUAUAAGUGAAAAAUCGAGACGUAAGCUUGAUGCAGUCUAUUAUUAUAUGAGAAGUCUUGCUUCCACUAAUUCAUUUGGUACAGCAAGAGAAAGUUUAAUGUCAUUGUUUGAAGAAGCAAGGAGAAAGGUCGAACACAUAGAAAAAAAAAGGCAUGAUGUGGCAGUGGAAAGGAAGAAAGAAAAAGCUAAAAGACAGAAUAAGAACUUCCACGGUGAUAUACAAAACAGUCGCCAUGAAAUAUGGGUGUCACGAAAUGGUGUUAUCAAGUCAGAAGAAACAACUAUUGAUGAUAAUUUUAGAGAUGACGUGGACCUUACAAAAUUGUCACCUGUAGAGUUGAACAAGAGGUUUGUUCUCAGCUUUCUACAUGUCCAUGGCAAGCUGUUUACUAAGAUUGGGUAA